GCAACACAGUUCGGGAGCAGAGCGGGGUGCCGAGCCGGGAGCUGCGAGCCGAGAGCCGGGCUGGGGCCCGGGCCGGAGCGCAGCGGAGAGGAAGCGCGCCCGCCCCAGCCCGAGUACCGCCGUUGUUGCCGCCGCCGCCAGGCCCGGAGCCAUGGAGCCCGACAACAGCCCACGGAAGAUCCAGUUUACGGUCCCGCUGCUGGAGCCGCACCUGGACCCAGAGGCGGCUGAGCAGAUUCGGAGGCGCCGCCCCACCCCUGCCACACUUGUGCUGACCAGUGACCAGUCAUCCCCAGAGAUAGAUGAAGACCGGAUCCCCAACCCACUUCUCAAGUCCACUUUGUCAAUGUCUCCACGGCAGCGGAAGAAGAUGACAAGAACCACACCCACCAUGAAAGAGCUCCAGACGAUGGUUGAGCAUCACCUAGGGCAACAGAAGCAAGGAGAGGAACCUGAGGGAGCCUCUGAGAGCACAGGGAACCAGGAGUCCUGCCCACCUGGGAUCCCAGACAUAGGCUCAGCAUCAAGGCCAGAUACCUCUGGGAAAGCACAAAAGCCUGCAGAAUCCACCCCCAAGACUCAGGAGCAGUGUGGUGUGGAGCCCAGUACAGAGGACCCCUCAGCCCACAUGCCACCACUGGAUUCCCAUGGAGCCAGCUUGGUAAGCCCCGUGGGCUGGGCUUUGGGGCCUUUAGGAGAGCAGGCUGUAGGGGCUAGUAUUUGGAAUCAAAAGUGUAGACAAAGGAGCAGCUUUAUUUAGUCACUGAAAAGUUAGCCUCUGUGCGGAGGCCACACAUCUCCUCUGACAAAGAGAGUGGGGAGUAAGUGACUGCGGGAAGGAUCAGAUUGAGUUUGUUGUAUACACAUUCUGGAACAGGUGAUGGAAGUAGGCUAUAGAUUUAAUUUUAUUUUUGUAAUAAAGGGCAGUUGGAACCAAAGUAUUGUGGGCUGAGAGCAGAGAUACUCCCUAACCCCUACCUAAAAGAGAGGAUGCUCAGACUGAGAUCCAUAGCAGGACUGCCUCAGAAGGUAGAUAGCUGAGCUGACUAAAAAGGAUGAGCCUGUGGUCCUUCAGUCACCUUCCCUUUCCUCCCCCGCAACAGGUCUGACAGGAGUUGGCACCCUGGGAGAGCCACUGCAGUGUGGAACCUCAUGGACACUGGAUGUUUCUUAAUCUCUUGUUUUUAAAAGUGAUAAAUUUGGUGUUAGGUC